AGGACCUGGCAACCCGCGGGUCGGAUUAGGAGCGGGUUCCGAGAGGAAGAGCGUCCCGACUGGACUGAAAAGUGUCAAACAUGAAGUAAAGGCUUAACAACGCGAGGAAGUUACGUGGUUUCGGAAGCAGACUGGUGGUUGACAUGUAUUUGGGUACUUGAAGGGGUUGUUGGACGGUGUUGGCUGUAAAGAACCAGUUAAUAACGUCCGUGUCGGGAGUGACCGCCGGUCAACGACGGGACGCGAUGGGGCGGGUUUCAGCGCUGGUGGAGGAACUGAGGCGCGGGCUGAGGCUGGACGUGCUGCGGGAGGCGGCCCGCCAGUACCCGCUGUCCUGCUGCCUGCUGCUGGCCCUGCUGGCCCUGACCCUGCUGCUCCACAGGUACGUCCACAUCCUGAUGGUGUUCUGGUCGCUCCUGGCUGGCGUCUCCACCUUCUACUGCUCCCUGGGACCCGAGUCGCUUCUUCCAAUCAUCUUUUUCCCCGUGAGGCCCAAGAACAAACAGGAGCAGGAGCUGUUCCCUUCCGGCCACAGCUGCGCCGUCUGCGGGAAGGUCAGGUGCAAACGCCACCGGCCGACCCUGCUGAUGGAGAACUACCAGCCCUGGCUGGACCUGAAGGUCCAUUCCAAAGUGGACGCUUCCGUCGCAGAGGUGUUCGAGCUGGUCCUGGAGAGCUUCGUGUACCCCUGGUACAGGGACAUCACGGACGAUGAGGCGUGUUUGGAUGAAAUCAGGAUGACCUUCCGCUUCUUUGCAUCGGUGCUGGUCCGGCGCGCUCAGAAGGUGGACGUUCCCACCGUGUUUGCAGACAAAGUGAUGAAGGCUACAAUGAAGCACAUCGAAAUGAUUGCAAAAGCUCGAGCCAAAGUGAAGGGCGAGGACGGUCUGCAGCAGGCGGCUCUGGAGGAGUACGGUUCCAGCCUCCAUGUUGCUCUACACAGCCGUCAGGACGAGCUGCUCUACCUGAGGAAGCUGACUGAGAUGCUGUUUAAUCACGUCAUGCCUCCCAAAGCCACAGACUGCAGGUCUCUGGCUCUGCUGCUGCGGGAGGUGAUGGCCGGAUCUGUGAUGCUUCCAACCAUGGACUUCAUGGCUGAUCCGGACACCGUGAACCUCAUGGUGCUCAUAUACGUAGAUGACACACCACCGGAACUGGCCACCGAACCGCCGUCGCCGCUGGUCCCGUUUCUACAGAAAUACGUAAGCGUCGGCAGCAAGAAGUCCUCGGUGCUGAAGAUGGAGCUGAAGGAGAUCCGGGAGCAGCAGGACCUCCUCUUCCGCUUCAUGAACUUCCUCAAACAGGAAGGAGCCGUGCACGUUCUGCAGUUCUGCCUGGCCGUGGAGGAGUUCAACGACAAGAUCCUGAGUCCGGAGCUGAGCGAGCUGGAGCUGCAGCGUUUGCACGGCGAGGUGCAGCACAUCUACCAGACCUACUGCCUGGACGAGAGCAUCGACAAGAUCAGCUUCGACCCGUUCAUCGUGGACGAGAUCAGGAACAUCGCCAGAGGUCCGUACUCGGCUGUGGUGAAGCUGCAGACGAUGCGCUGCCUGUUUGAGGCCUACGAACACGUCCUGUCUCUGCUGGAGAACGUCUUCACACCCAUGUUCGGCCACAGCGACGAGUAUUUCAGACACCUGCUGAGAGGAGCCGAGUCUCCAGCCAGGAGCUCCAAGAUCAACAGAAAUAGCUUCGUUCUGGAGGAGGGCAGGAACGCAUCAAAACGAGGGGAAUCUUUCGGGAUCAGCAGGAUCGGGAGUAAAAUCAAAGGUGUGUUCAGGAGCACCACGAUGGAGGGAGCCCUGCUGCCACCCAGCAGCCUGACCGACACCGACGACGACGCGGUGGAGGAGGCGACCGUCGUCAUGGAGGACGACUCCCCCGCAGAGCCAGCUAACACGCCGGGCAUCCAGAGGAACCUGGCGGCCUGGACCAUCAUCAUCCCCUACAUCGACUUCUUUGAGGACGACGUGAAGAGGGAGAAGAUCCCCGUCUUCUGCAUCGACGUGGAGCGUCACGACCGGAAGGACGCGGGCCACGAAGCUGAGAAGUGGUCGGUCUACAGAAGAUACCUGGAGUUUUACGUGCUGGAGUCAAAGCUCACCGAGUUCCACGGCACGUUUGCAGACGCACAACUUCCUUCCAAGAGAAUCAUCGGACCAAAGAAUUACGAGUUCCUGGCCUCCAAGAGGGAGGAGUUUGAGGAAUAUUUACAGAGACUCCUGCAGCAUCCGGAGCUCAGCAACAGCCAGCUGCUGGCCGACUUCCUGUCCCCUCACAGCAUGGAGUCUCAGUUCCUGGACAAGAUGCUGCCCGACGUCAACCUGGGAAGGAUUUUCAAGUCUGUUCCGGGAAAGUUGAUAAAAGAGAGAGGACAGAACCUGGAGCCCUUCAUCCAGUCCUUCUUCAAUUCCUGCGAGUCCCCCAAACCCAAACCCAACCGACCUGAGCUCACCAUCCUCAGCCCCACAGCAGAGAACAACAAGAAGCUCUUCACCGACCUGUACGGGAACAACGCCAACCUGUCCGAGAGCACCGACAGGAGGCACAACCCCAACUGCUUCAUGGAGAUGAUCACCGUGGACGGCAUGUAUGACUACAUGAUGUAUGUGGGUCGGACGGUGUUCCACGUCCCGGACUGGCUGCACCACGUCAUGGCAGCCGGCCGCAUCCUGCUCAAGAACACGUUUGAAGCGUACAUGGAUCAGUACAUGCAGUCCAAGCUGGAGCAGGUCCUGCAGGAGCACCGCAUGGUGUCGCUCAUCACGCAGCUCAGAGACGCUGUGUUCUGCGAGAACACCGAGGAGCGGACAGCCGAGGACAAACAAGCCCGAGCCAAGCAGGCGUUUGAGGGGAUGAUGAAGUAUUUACCAGACUACGUGGCCAAGAGCAUCGGUGAAGAAGCCAAACACGACGGAGUCCAGCUGCUGUUUGCAACUCUGCAGCAGCCGCUCCUCAACAAGCAGAUGACCUACGUGCUGCUGGACAUCGCCAUGAUGGAGCUGUUCCCUGAACUCACCAAGCAGGGAGCGAAGGACGCCUUCAUCGUGUGACCCAGAUGGAUGGACGACGCCCCCCCCCCCCCCCCCCAGCUCCAAGUCCUUCACUACAUUCCAGUUCCUGCUACACUAACAGAGAGAGUAUUUAUUGAGGAUUCCAGACGUAGACCUGGCAGGUGGAGGAGCUCCUCCACCCCAGACGCUCUCUGUUGGAGGCGUCUUGUUUUACAUUCCAGUAAUAAGUGAAUAGUUCUUAACUGCAUGUGGAGUCUCUGAGCUUAAUGACACGUGUUUGUUGGGUUUAUCUGGUUCCAUUUCCCAGAAGUUCAGAAAUAAAAGGUCUGUUUCUAAUCAAA